AUGACAUCAACGAAAACCAAACCUGGCAAGCAAAUCGCAUGCAAAGUGCGCAUGCUUGAUGAUCAAGAAUUACCAUUUCAUAUUGAUCCAAAGGCAACUGGCCAAGAUCUAUUCAAUUCAGUUUGCAAGUACAUUGAAUUAUUAGAAAAAGAUUAUUUUGGUUUAGAAUAUCUCGACAGUCAUCGAAAUGUGUGUUGGCUUGAAUUGGAUAAACCGAUUCUUAAACAAGUGUCGGAAACGAAAUUCUCCUUUUGUGUUAAGUUUUAUACACCCGAUCCUGGACAGUUAGAAGAGGAAUUUACUAGAUAUCUGUUCGCCUUACAAAUCAAACGUGAUCUCGCUCUUGGAACGUUGUUAUGUAGUGAUAAUACAGCUGCUCUACUCGCUUCGUAUAUUGUUCAAGCUGAAAUUGGUGAUUAUCUCGAAACGUAUAACAAUAAUCCAAGUUAUUUAAAUAAUCGCAAGUAUUUUCCUCAUCAAACAGCCGAACACGAAAUACGAAUCAUGAAUUUUCACAAGAAUCAUCUUGGUCAAUCACCGGCGGAUGCCGAUCUUAAUCUACUUGACACCGCUCGUAAAGUCGAAUUGUACGGCACUAAGAUGCAUCCAGCAAAAGAUCAUGAACAAGUGAAUCUUAAUCUGGCUGUUGCUCACAUGGGCAUUCUCGUCUUUCAAAAUAUUACGAAAAUCAAUACGUUUUCUUGGGCAAAAAUUCGGAAAUUGAGUUUUAAGCGGAAAAAGUUUCUGAUUAAAUUACAACCUGAAGGCUAUGGUUAUUACAAAGAUACAGUUGAAUUCUAUUUUGAUACACGUGAUGAAUGCAAGAAUUUCUGGAAGAAAUGUAUUGAAUAUCAUGCCUUCUUUCGUUGUGUUACUAUUCAACGUCAGCAUCGAACGAAAAAGAAACUACUGACACGGGGUUCAUCAUUUCGGUAUAACGGACGAACUCAAAAAGAAAUUGUCGAAUAUGCUCGAGAGAACUAUUCGAAAAAUCGAACAUUUACGCGAUCUUAUUCCAAUACUCGCACAGUCGCACCAGUAACAAGUCGUUCUCAUCGUUCACCGGCUCCUACGAUUAAAACAUCGGAUACAGUCGAUUCUGUUCGACACUCACGAAAUCCGACUCAUAUCGCCAACGAGCCUGUCGAUGUCUAUCAACAUGUGUAUCACGAUGAUUCAUCGACACAUGGAAGUCGAACGUUAGACUCGCGUUUUAGUCGAGAUAAAUACGAUCUAUCCGAUGAACAGAAUACCGACGAAGACGAAGAUGAACACAUCCAAAGACAAGCGAAUGGUGUCUCACCAACGCACGUCUGUCGAAGUAGUGAACCCUUUCAUGUCGAUGACACACAGAUGCAACAUCCUUUUGAUCAAGUGCAAAAAGCAGAUUCGCCAACAACGUCAAAUCUUCAACAGAAUCGUCGUCUUAUAAGCGGUGCUGUGAAUAGUCAUCGAUCAGUCCAACCAUUGACAAGUAAUACACCACCACGUCGAUCAUCGAAUGGUGAACAACAGAUUCUUUCCGCCGCACAGCGACUAAGUCUAGGCAAACCAACAACGAUCAUGAACAACGAACACGUCGAUAUUCAAAGUCCAACCAGAACUUGUGCUAUGGACGAAAAUAGUUUUUCACUUCCGCCGCCAUUGCCUAUUCUGACACCACCAUCCACACAGAAUCAACCUGAGGAUGCAAUUCUCGAUGAAUCAAAAACGCGAACUAUCCCGAUUAUACACGAAUAUCGAUCUCCGAAAGUCUCUAUGAGUACAAUCGAGACACGGACAAAAAUUCGCCAGCAACAAUCACCAUCGAGAUCAAUACCAUCAGCAUCUUAUCAGGUCAGCCCACCAUUAUCAGGCAUUCCGCGUUUGAUUGGCACUGUUCCUCCAACAUCUUUAUCAUCUGUCACACUGCCCACAUCUGUGUCAUCUACAAUGAUAAUACCAUCUAAUCAUGAUCGCUCAUUUUUUAUCUGCAAAGAACUUCUUAUGACAGAACGAACGUACAAGAAAGAUAUGGAAGUGAUCGCAGAAAACUUUCGUCGUGAAUUACUACUCGCCAUCAAUCACCAUCAAGAUUUAUACAUGAAUGAUGAGUACAACUUCGAAAAUGAAACAUUAAUUCAUCUCUCCGAUGUGCUCUUCACACAUUUAUUGCCAAUUUACACAUUUCAUCUGCAUUUCCUUCGACAGCUCGAACAGAGAAUAUCAAUAUGGGAAUCGCGAUCCAUACCGGGUAAUGAAUGCCUCUAUACCGAUAAAUUAUCACAACAAAUCGGAGAUCUAAUCAUGAAUUUGAUCGAAAUCUUACCUCGAUACGAACGUUACAUCGAAAAUUACGAUCGCUUGUUGACCGAAUUGGAGUAUACUCUCAAACACAAUCGUCGAUUCGAUAUGAUUUACAAGGAAUUCGAAUCGGAGAAGUUCUGUUAUUUAUCAUUUAUAUCGUUUUUGAUUAAGCCGUUACAAAGACUUUUGCACUAUGAAUAUUUAUUUGAAAAACUGUUAAUUCAUUACAAGAAUAAUAAUAACGAUAUUGAAUAUCAAGAUUGCUAUGGAGUUUUCAUCAAAGUUCAAGAUUUAAUCGAAAAUUUUGCUGAUUCAUUGACACUAUUGUUAAAUCGACAGAAGUUAAUUGAACUUCAACGAGAUUUGAUUGGGGUGGACAAUCUUUCUAAUCAAUACGAACGUCAAUUCAUUCGUGAAGGUUGUCUUCAAAAACUAUCUCGAAAAGGCUACCAACAACGAAUGUUUUUCCUAUUCUCCGAUGUCCUACUCUACUGUGCUCGAAGUUCAAGUCCAGUUCUUCAAUUCAAACUUCAUGGCGAACUUCCAUUGCGAACGAUGACGGUGGAAGACAGCGAUGAACGUGUGAAUAUUCCUAAUUCGAUAACCAUCUAUGCUGGAAACCGAUCAUUACUCGUUGUUGCCAGUUCGGCAGCUGAGAAAGUCAAAUGGUUGCAUGACCUUCAAUCUGCUAUCGAAAAUCUCCGAGUUAAUACAGAAGAUCAGAAACAUUCUUAUACAUCAACUUUGAAAUCGAAUGCUUCAUCGGAAAAUCUGGAACAUUCAAUGAUCGGUACAUUGGAUGAUGAUCCAACGAAUACCAUCGAACGCUCAUGUGUUCAACAUCGUGCGAACACAACGAUGCAUGUUUGUUGGCAUAGGAAUUUAUCUGUAUCGAUCAAUGAUGAUCGACAAACGGUUAAAAAUCAAUUAAGUGGUUAUCUUUUACGAAAAUUCAAGAAUUCCAACGGUUGGCAAAAGCUUUGGGUCGUUUUUACAAAUUUCUGUUUAUUCUUUUACAAAACUUAUCAGGAUGAUUAUCCGCUGGCAUCAUUGCCGCUGCUUGGCUAUCGAAGUUCAUUGCCAUCGGAAUUCGAUGGUGUGAACAAAGAUUUCGUGUUUAAACUUCAAUUUAAAAAUCACGUCUAUUUUUUCCGUGCCGAAAGUCAAUACGCUUUCGAUCGCUGGAUCGAAGUUGUCUCAAGUGCAACAACAACUACAUCGCCUAGUCAAUGA